GCACUAACGUGACUUUAGGCUUGAAAUGAGUUCUUUAGUUUGAUUCUCAGUGAUUUGGGAUCGAGCCUAAAUUGUGUUAAUGCUGAAGACCAGGACAGCUUUAAACACGUCAAUAAGAAAAAAAAAAACAAAACAAUAAAAUCUCCUCAAAUAUAAACUACUCAACCAGAAGAUGUUGGGACGAGGAGGAGUGUAUCGCGUGUCCAGAGGGGCUGGUUUUGCCCACAUCUUUAAGAACAACAGGACUACAUUGGAUCAAGCCUGCAGCUCACCUCCUAAAAACAGCACCAAUCCGAAUAAAAUCCCCAAAGAGCUGAUCGACAGGUACAGGAGAGGAGAGACUCAUGCUGUGUCUUUCCUAUACCAGCUCUCGCAAAUUCUGCAGUUCCAAGUGGAGAUGAAAGAGACAGUAACUACAGGAGGAGUAAUUGGUUUCUACUUUGCAUUCUGUGCUGUGAUUGAUGGAGUGAAGUAUAAAACCGGGAUGGGAAUCAAUAAGAAAGAGGCCAGGUUCAAAGCAGCUCAGUUGGCUGUUGAGGAGCUCCUUUCUAAUCUGGAGAGUGACGCUGUCUUGCCCGAUGCUGCUGUGGGCCCUCCUCCUCUACCGGUGAAACAGCAAAACUCCCUGGGGGCAGGUGCCCGUCCUGUGAGGGCUAUGUUUGAAAGAAAAAUCCCUGGUAAAGACCAGGUUCCCAGUGCUGUGAAGGAGAUGUUCUCCAGGCUGAUGAACAGUUAUCCAGAGUACACUGCCUGUGGAGAAACAGUAGCUGCAUUUGUUAUGCAAUCUUCAACUGGAUGUGAAGUGGUGGCUCUUGGUACAGGUAACUGUAACACAAAAGAAAGUCUGGCACCUAACGGACGCGUCCUUCAUGAUUCUCAUGCCGUGGUAACUGCACGGAGAUCACUCAUGAGGUAUCUGUACAGGCACCUGUUGCUGUUCUAUAGUAGGAAUAACUCUCUGAAGGAGAAGUCAGUUUUUCAGUUGGAUGAGAACACCAAGCUCUUAAGUCUGAAGAGCCACAUCACCCUUCACUUGUACCUCAAUCAGCUGCCAAAAGGAGCUGCCCAGAUACCCUCUCAACUACCUUUGAGCCCCCUGUCCAUCUCAACAUGGGAAGUAAAUAAUCAGAUUGGUUUACACGUGACUGUAGAUGGAAAGGUCUUUUCAGUGUUCUCUUAUACACUUAACCAGACUGGUUCACGUACCAUCAGUAUGUCAGCUACUGACAAAAUCAUGCAGUGGCAGGUUUUGGGUUUCCAGGGUGCUUUAUUGAGCCACUUCAUCGAGCCCAUCUAUGUCAGUAGCAUACUCAUAGGUGAUGAAAGCUCCAGUAAUACACGUGGUAUGGAAUUUGCAGUAAACGUAAGGGUAGAUGGCAUCACCUCCAAGUUGCCCAUGUAUUACUGUGUAUAUCGGCCACAUAUUAGCCUGGUACCUAAGGUGAUCCCCAUAGAGGGCCAAAACACUCAAAGAACUCUAAGCCUUAACUGGAGCCAAGAUGAUGUUUCUUUCGAGGUUGUAGAUAGUGUGGAGGGCAAAUCUGUUGAGGGGUCUCCCUUUAAAAGUGGUCCCGCUCUCGCAAGUCGUCUGUGUAAAGCUGCCAUGUUGAGUCGUUUCCACAUGGUAGUGAAAGAGGCACAGAGAGAGGAUUUGCUAGCUGCAGUUUCCUACAGGGAGGCCAAGAUGAUGGCAAAACGCUACCAGGAGGCAAAGAGCGUUCUGAAGUCCUACUUGGCUACGAGGGGCUUUGGAAAGUGGGUCGAGAAACCACCUAUCAGUGAUCACUUGAGAAUGUGAAAUCCAUUCAGGAGAUGAGAGACCAGCAGAUGAAGCACCUUUGGAAGAAAGGUUUGAAAAGUCAUUGGCAGUUUGUAUUUACCCCGAAAAAAAAAAGGAAACAAAUAAAAUAAAAAUCUCUGGUGGAAAGAAAAGCAGCUGUAUAUGAGAAACAUUAGAUAUUAGCAAAAGGUUUUUUGUUCAUUUAGGAGUGUUUUCUCCCUCAUAUUAGAUUUUGGAUCCUGUUGCUAUACUUUUUCUUUUGUUUUCCUGGUUAAAUCCUUCAAUUCCAGAAAUGUUAAAACCUACCAAAAAAAAAAUAGUU